AUGUCCCAGUCCAGCGAUGCUGCAAUUCAACUCUCCAUGACUUCACAAGAUAACCACUUAUCUGCUCAGUCUUCCCUGUCACAUUCCGUCCAAGAUUCUCCCUCGCCCUCACACACUCCUGCUCUGGAUGCCGCUCGCGUAACACACCAACACCAUCACAGCGGUUCCGUCAGCCUCACCACCAACAAGAGUAGACGUUCGCUUGCAUCGCUGGCUCGAGAGAAAACGUCAAACGCCUUUGCCAAUUUGGCUUCCAUAGGUACCGCUUCGUCACCAAGCCUGCGCUCCGCCACUUCCUCUGGGAGCCUUUCAAAAUAUUCCACCUCGACAGGUUCUACUCGACCCAGCUUGCCUCGUUCGCCUACAUCACCUGCCGAUCUUCAGACUGCUGCCCACUUGAGAAGAGCUAGCGGAGUUCCGCUACCUACCCAAGAACCCAGGCCCAGCAUAACAAUACCACCAAUGCCGACUCCCGAGCGCAAUAAUGGCAGGAUGCACCAGACUUCGUCCAAGAUCCUGCGCAUGACCGACGAUGAGCGACCCUUCACCCGAGAUUUCAAAGAUCUCUUCUCAACUCUCGUCACAAGUCUGCCGCUAACUCCCCAUCGUGUUCGCUUCUCGAGAGUUGAUGAGACCUUCCUCUCAGAAGAAGCCAUCACUAAUCUAGGGUCGUUGAAGUUCUCCCAAUCAAACCGCAUACCCGACCCCAAGAACCCUUCAAGAUGGGUUGUCACCACUACGACGACGACGUUUUCCAUGGCCAAAGAAAUGGCACGCUCCGUCUGUCAGAGAUUUGUCGAUGCACGAAUGAUUGAAUCUGCCGAGUCCAAGGCCAACACCGUUUUUGUUACCAAAGGUGCCGUAUGGCAAUUGACCCCCAAAGGCAUAGCAAUCCUGCAGCGCUUCUGCGGUAGAAACGGCAUCAACGCUCGCCACAUUGAGCCUUUACUGAAGCGGAGCCAAAUGCAAAUUGUCGCUCUAGAAAGGGAUGCCACUACGGACAAGCUUGUACAGGAUCGGGCCAUAGUGGAAGUCAUCUUUCGUCGCUUUAUGGGAGCUGAGGGGCCGAAUCUGAAAAGUUCCACUUCUCUAUCCGAUUCCGACUCGGUGUCAGAAUAUGCAACUGGUCUCGUGGGGGUCAAGAUGGCUAAAGAACGACGUGUUCUGGACAAGACCGUGAACAACACUUUCACUGGUAAAGCAGCCUCGGAUUGGCUUCUGGAUUGUUGCACCACCAUUGAUCGCAGAGAAACGUAUGAGAUUACUGAAUUGUUUGUCAAGUGGCAACUAAUCCAACCAAUCGUCGAGGAUCGAGCUUACGUUCGAAUGAACCCUAUGGCUACAUACUUCCAACCCACGAAAUACGCCAUCUACACCAUCACUGAACGUGGUCAGCGAGUCUGUGGUUGGAUUGCCAGGCCGCCCAGUGUCGACAGCGAGGACAGCCGAGAUACCAAAGACAAGUCCCGUUUGAUUCGAGAUUCAAAUGUCAGUAGACUCAACGUCAUUCUGCAAGACGCAGCCCUUCGGUUACUGUUCCGCGAGUUCUUGAGGCAAUCCUUAUGUGAGGAGAACCUGCAGUUUUAUUUUGACGUCCACGAUUUCACCACCACUUAUCGGCAACUCGAUCAAGCCGGCAAACUCGACCGCCCAGAUGCUGUCAGAGAGACUCUGGCUGCUGCAUAUGGUCUCUACAAUUCCUUUCUCGCGUCAGGCGCGCCAUCAGAGUUGAAUAUCGACCACUCUCUUCGGAAUCGUCUUGACAGUCGUAUGAUCAGGACGAAUACAGAUGAUGAGUCCAUGCGAGAAAGUCUUGACGAUGUAGUGGAAUUGUUUGAGCUUGCGCAAUCAGCUGUUUUCAAGCUCAUGGCGAGUGAUUCUGUCCCCAAAUUUCUCCGCGAUCCACGACAUGCAAGUGUUCUUCGAGACCACGAAAUAGAUCUUAUCGGGUCGAACCGCGCCCUCUCACCUGCUCCUGAUCGGACAGUCAGUCGAUCCAACACAGGACGGGGUUGA